UUCUCCCACUCGCUCGAAGUCGUCUCCCGACUCUGCGGCAUCUUAGCGACCUACAAGCGCGCGUGGGAAUCCGUCAUGGUUUCCACCUCCCCGUCCGCUCGCCCCUUGUUUGCAGAGGAAAGACAGCAAAUCACCACCUUCAAUGCCUUCCUGAUGGAUCUGUGCAAUGUCCUCUGGCGAGGCCGGGCGUUCGCCGUCAGCGAUGCCAACGCCAAGGGAUGUCUCGUGCCUAGAACGCUGGAAGCGGCGCUGAGGGGGUACCUCAAGAAGGUGGAGCCCGAUGGGGAGCUGGUGCUCGGAUCCGUGUUUGGAUUAAGUCACAGUCCGGUGUUAUGUUUGCAGAGUAUUUCGUUCCUGAGGGAGUUGGAGGAUCGAGAGUUGGAAGGGGAGAUGGAUAUUAGUGAUCGCGGAUUGAGGGCGAGACA